AUGGCGCCCGCAUCUGCCCCAUCACCCAGCCCAACUACACCUCCCUGCGGUUCGACAACGGUCGCCCAGAGCGACGUGAUGCCGGAUGCGGACUUGCACAAUGCCACGCCCGCCUCGAGAAAUCCUCACAAAACAGAUCUCGGCACCGGGCUGCCCCGGAGGAACCGGUGGGGGGUGUAUCUGCACUGGACGCUGCCGCGAGUGUAUCGGACCGGCGUGGCGACGGCGGCACGAGAGGAAGACGAGCAUGGGCAAGAAGGCGUUGCACCAGCCCAACGAUCUUCCUCCCGGUCCAAGUGCUUCGAUGCGCCCACCCGGUGGCUCAUCAUCCGCAAGCUGGCAUUGGACUCCGUGAGACCCGUCGCCGCCGCAGCGGAAGUCUCCGAGUACGAGGCGUGGGUGGUCGAGAGCGACCACGUGUGGCACCUGGACGACAUCUCGCUCGAGGCGGACUUCUAG